GCAAAGUUUGGUUCCUUCCUCUUUUACAGGCGCAAGUACGACCUUUUUGCUAUCUCUACACAAAAGUUUCAUCAUGAUCUAUUCCUCUAAAAAGCUGUUCUUGUUCUUCCUCUCCUGCAUUAUAAUGAUAUCCAACUACAACACUAGUGGCUUCUUAACCGCAACAAAUAGCGUUGGUUUGAACUACGGCCUCCUCGGAGAUAACCUCCCAACUCCGUCCAAUGUUCUCAACCUUUACAAGUCCAUAGGCAUUAAAAAAAUCCGAAUCUUCGACCCCAGCACAGAGGUUCUUAAAGCCUUACGCGACCACGGCAAUAUUGAAGUUACUGUUGGCGUUAGGGACCAGGACUUGGCUGCUCUUGCAGCUAGCGAAGAAGCUGUUAAGGGCUGGUUUGUGACCAACAUCGAGCCUUACUUAGCCGACGUCAACAUUUCGUUCAUUACUGUUGGUAAUGAAGUCAUCCCUGGACCAAUCGGUCCGCAAGUGCUUCCGGUCAUGCAGUCUCUCACCAACCUCGUCAAGUCAAGGAAUCUUCCGAUCUCGAUAAGCACGGUGGUGGCUAUGUCGAAUCUCGAGAAAUCAUACCCACCGUCCACUGGAAAGUUCACGUCCCAGGCGCGAGAACAACUUGUCCCCGUGCUAAAACUGUUGUCUCAAACAAGUACGCCUAUCCUCGUCAAUAUUUACCCUUACUUCCCUUACGCAUCCGACCCAUCGAACAUCCGUCUCGACUAUGCUACCUUCAACACUGAGGCCAUCGUAGUCCAAGAUGGACCAUUGGGCUAUUCAAACAUGUUUGAUGCAAUCUUCGACGCAUUCGUGUGGGCAAUGGAGAAGGAAGGCGUGAAAGGUUUACCAAUGGUGGUGUCCGAGACCGGAUGGCCAUCAGCCGGAAAUGGGAACCUAACCACACCGGAUAUCGCGGCUACCUACAAUAGAAAUUUUGUGAAGCAUAUAGUAAGCGGAAAAGGGACGCCUAAGAGGCCCAACAAAGGCUUCGACGGGUUUCUAUUCGCAACGUUCAACGAAAAUCAAAAGCCGGCCGGUACUGAACAGAAUUUUGGGUUGUACAAUCCUACUGGUAUGAAACCCAUCUAUAAGCUAUUUUAAAGUGUGAAAGUUGCUUAGACUUUUCAGUUCACUAAUAAGUGAGAUUAACACAUGUGAUAAGCUAUUGGCUUCUGUGAGAUUGGUGAUGAGAUCUCGUAGCGGAACUUAAUUGACAUUAAAUUUGGUAGUUAAAACUACUUUCUCCGGUUUUAGUUAAUGGAUUCCUUCAUCCAUCAUAAGAGUAUGCCAUUUGUUUCGUAUCCGUCUUGUUUGUGCAUUUCUUAAAUGAAUAUA